AAAUUAUAUGUAGUUUGUUUCACAUUGCAUACACACUCAGAAUAGGCGAAACAAAUUAACGGUCACGUGUAUGCACACGCAUAGUAAGAACAAUAACAUUUUAUCUGAUUUAAUUCCGGCCAACUAAAUUUUCAACACGCUACAUUUAAUGAAAACUACACUGCGCAUUUGAACUCCUGAACGAAUAUAGAAUUAUUUUCGCGUCACUAUUGUAAAAAUUUGUAUUCCUGAAUUCAUACAAUUAAACUUGACAGAACGCCAAUUAAUUAAUUAAACGCGGACAUCCAUGGUAAAUAAUAAAUUCUGGCAAUCGCUUGUUACUUUAAUCGGUACUCCCGACAAAAUUCGCGUUUGUUAUGCACUUAAAACAGAUAAAAUAUACGAUUAAUCGUAAGAGCGUUUUGCGCUCUGCGUUCCGAAUGCCGCGUAGAGACACCAUGACGACUGGAUGUGACGUACUAAACUAUGCGCGACAUCUCGUAGUCAAAAUGACAACCUCUAUUACGUCACAUCCGUUUGGACAUUUGUGGAGCGCGUUGUGAUUGACAGCUUAUUAUAUUCAUUACGCAUGCAAAACAAGCGAAUUUUUAUCGAGAGUGCCGAUUGAAGUGACGGGCAAUUGCCGGAGAUGAAUUAUUUGCCGCGAGUGUUCGUGUUUUGUUGAUCCUAAUCCUGCAUCAUAUGUUUGAACCGAUGUAUACCGUUCCAUUGAAAACGCGCGAAAAUAACCUCGGAGAACGCGAUAUACUUUUCAUCAAAUGUAGCAUGUUACAAAUUUAAUUUAUUAGUAUUAUUAUAAAUUGGAUAAAAUGUUGUUGUAUACGUGUAACUAUAUAACAUUAUAAGUAUUUUCGUAUGCCUGCCAAGCAGUCGUUUGUUUUGCUCGUUCUAAUUGUAUGUGUACAGUGCCGAAUACGCUACGAUUAUGUACAAUGGACACAUUGUGACACAAACUGCAUUUCAUCCCGCGUUUACAUUUCGUGUAUUGCAGUAAGGUGGAGUUGUGAAGACGUACUUGUAUUUAGGGUACAACGACCGAUAUUAUAACUACGAGUAUACAGAGCGGCAUAUCUCGAGUUACGCGAGGAACAAGUAAAAAUCCAGCCGGAUGUGCAGAAAAUGGAACAUUUGAAGGACAAGCAAGAGGAUUUGUUCACGCGAAAAGUUUCCAUGGAAGCAACGGUGGAGAAGUUGCGAGAGGAUUUGACGAGUGCCAAGGAUCAAUUAGAUUCCGGUACUCAGCGAUUGGAAAAGACUAAGGCGGACUGGCAAAAGCAGGAAACUGAUAGACAAUCAAUGGCCGAAAGCACUAGAUGUUUGUCCGAAUUGCAUAAGAUAAUGAACGAUGUUGAGUCAUUUUUUAACAGCAAUGUGACUGAGAAUCUCGCGAAAUACGAGAGUGAAAUAAAGGCCUCUAAGGAUUUGCUAACAGAUCUUAUGAACGAGAGAAAAGAUGUCGAACAAGCGAUAAACAACAAAUUGAAGGAGGUUAUCAUGUGUCAAGAAAUCAGAAGGAGAGAGUUACUAAACAAUAUGAUGUUGCGCGAAAUUAAAGAAACGGUAGUAGCUUUGAAAGGACAAUGCAAGAAGUUAUUCGAAAAGUUGAAAAAUAUGAAUUAUGACGAGAUGGCGUACAAGUUGGAUCAAUUAGAAAAUAAGAAGCAGGUGUUGCUUUGUCAAAUAAAUGUAGCACUGGGAGAUCAGGAAAAAUUGGAAAGAGUAAUAAAACAAUACACGCAGGAGUUGCGAAAAAAGGAAUACCAAUUAUCCUGUCACAAUUACAUCAACAAAUGCAUUGAAUUAGAAGUUUAAGAAAACGCUAUAGCCGAUCUGAAAAACUACACUGGAGUGUUGGACGCCGCAAUGAUUGAUUGCUUCAAGGAGCGCAUGUCGACUGUCAACAAGAUAAUAAAGAAACUGUGGAAGCACGUUUAUAAGGGAACAGAUACAACCUGCAUUGAAAUCGGCAUGGAACUUACAAAAGGUGCAGACAGCAUUGGAAGAAGCUACAAUUACAAGCUGAUUCAAACUAAACACGGCUGCAAAAGAUGGACAUGAAAAGACGUUGCAGCGCUGGACAAAAGGUGCCGAUAUUCUGCUCGUUCUUGUUUGCCUUGAGAAGUAUGACAAAUUUACUUGUGGAGAGCUUGAAACAAGGCGGCUUUUUGUGGUUGACAGAUCUCACUGUACCUGAUCCUUAUUAUUUAUUGCCUAUAAUUAUUAGUGUGACAAUGCAUAUCACAAUCAAGCUCGUCACAGAUGGUGUUAAUCAAAUGAUGGGUGUGAUGCGAUACGUCGUACGAACGCCUUUCAUCCUAUUGCCGUUCAUGUUAAACUUCCCUAGCUAUUUUAACGUAUUUCAUUUCUUUGACACAAACUGGCUUAUUAAAGAUUCCAUAUAUAAGAAAAGCUCUUAAAAUGUUCGUCAUCGUAAGACACAGGCCUGUAUCAUCAGGUAGUAAAAAAGAUUUUAUCAAAGAAUUCAAAGAAUGUAAGUGUUGCAUUAUAUACGUUAAGAUAUACAUAAAAUCAUAUAAUUAAGUUUUAAAUGAAAAGAGUGAUAAGAAUAAUGUUGCGCGAAAUAGUUCCAUUGGGUAACUGAGUUUGGAGCUGUAGAACGCUGACAUGCCGAUUGUCGAUGUCAAUAUUGACAAAAUCAUAUUAGGAAUAUGAAUAAAUAUUAAAUAUUAGAAAAUAAUUAAAUAUU